UUCAUAAUGUUCGAAGUUUAAAGUGCAACAUUAAUCUGCGUAUUACACGUGCGUUAUUUACUGAAGAAAGCCGUAUCGCGUAAUGAAGCUUUCGCGUUUCUAGCGCAGCAUUAUCGUGUUUCUUAAAUAUCGAAUUUUCACGCGAAGACGAUCGACGACAUUGAAUCAUAGGUGUUGAAAGUUUAUUUUUACGAGAAUCCUACGACAUUUCUUGGUCGUACGUUUUCACGCGAAGACGAAGCUGAUCAAAAUUGAGAUAUCGAUCGAUAUAAAACGAAUAUAACGAAUAGAGAAAGAUUUCACCGAUCAUUUCUACGAUAAGAAAAAUUUACAAAAUACAGGGAAGUCACAACAGAGUGCGAAAUUAAACCUCGCGAUAAACGAAAACAAAUUCGCGCGACUUGUGACAAAUAGAACAUGGAGUUGCCUUGAAAGAAUUUGCUUUGAAAAAAUUUGUGAUACAAGUUUGUGCGUGGUAUAAAGAAAGACAAAAUAACGCAAAAUAGGAUGGCCAUAAAAGUGCCAUUUGGAAUUAUAACCGGACUAUUCCACAAUUAUUUUCGUAUGAAGAAAAAUUCAGAUCCUUAUCAACGAGAUGCAAUGCCGAGGUAUUACUCUCAUCAUUGAUGCAGAUACAAAAUAAAUUGAUCGAGAUCGUCACUUCCUCUGACAGAUUAAUGGAAAUUAACGUCGAAACUCAAAAUAUUUUUUUCUUCGCUCGAAGAAACGAGGACUGUGCGCUUCGACUAAUGAGUAGUUGUUCGUAUACGUUUACGAUAACGCGACAAGCAGAGCAACAUUUUUGAAACAUGUUUCACUUGAUCAUUAUUUUUCAACUGGGUCAGUGAUUCGAUCGUCAUUUAAUAUCGGUUUAAAACGGUUUCACAACGACAGAUUUCGAAAGUUGAUUCCAGAAGGGCUAAACGUCGCAACGGAAGGAAGAAGGGAAGAAGAAAAAAAUAUGUACAGUUCCAUUAAAAAAAAUCCUUGAGCAAUGUCACCUAAGGUCAAAUAGAUAUUACCGUCCAAUGCGUUUUUUUAAACCUUGUAACUUUUGUCUAAACCUUUUUUCCGAAAUUGCAUUUAUUUUUGAGAUAUUCGACUGUAUCCAGACUUUUGGGAUAUCCUGUGUAUAUAUAUACCUAUAUAUAACGGAGAUGAAUGAGGUGCGACACGUUUUGACAGCUUUGAGAACUCCCGCGAAGAGUUCGACCUUGAACAGUGGCGUCACGAGUAUCGCAACGGCAACGUGGUACGACGUCCCGACGCCGAUUAUCGUACAUUGUCAUGAGUUCCGCGACCAGACGGAACGUGACAUUAUCAAAAAUGAUAAAGCAGGCGAUCGUAAAAGAUCCUGCGAUAAUGAGACGGAAAUAAGGUUCGUCGAACAAAGAAUGGCCAGGUCCUUGGAGGGAGAUACGAAAGUCUGGUCAUCGAAAGACGAUGUUUCGGAAAAAGGCACGACGAUGGGACCUCUCGCUGGAAGACUCUCGCUGUCUUCCAAUAGCGUCGACGCCGUCGAUAAGGCGUCAUCGCGAAACAACGUGGAGGUCGUCGUGAGUAGAUCGAGUAAAGUUCGCGCGGACGUUAGGCCUCGCAGUUUCGAAAUAAAUCCCGAGUCUCGCGUAAACUAUUCGAGGACUCGAGAUGGGAAAAGACGCAGUACUAUGGAACUGAAUGCCACCACGACGGUGAAGACGGAUGCCGAUGGAGUGCCGACCAUCAGUUUCAGUUUUUUGCGCGCCGAUGAGAAUUUUCACGAGAACGACGACGAGAUCGUUAUUCUGGAGGUUGACACGAGCGAUCAAACUGAUUCCUCAGGAAAUCAGCUGUAUGAUCUUCCUAAAAGCGCCAUUCUAGAAAAUAGUCAAGCUCCCUUAGAACAAACUGGUCAUGAUAAGGAAAUAAAUUCGGAUGAGCCCUCAUUACCAACGAUUCGCCAGGAUCUUUACGACGUGCCGAAAUCAACACGCAAAGACGUGUCUUCGAACGAUUUGCGAGAGAACGAGGUGCCGAUCUGCAAUCCCGCGCAGGAAAAUUGCAAGAGCACGAACAUAAUUGUUUCGCCUGAGAAGAAUAAGAACCAACAACGCGAUCAGACGAAACGUUCCACCAGAUCGCUCAAAUCUGGCAGAAGAAGCUACGGCGCGUCAGAUAGCGAUGGUUACGAUGCCGGUAUAGCGUCGAUGUCGGGCUCGUAUUCGGAUCCGGAGUGCCCGAACGAGGCAGCGUUGUCGGAGAGUGGCGAUUCGAGCCGCAGCAAGCGACUGAAGCUGCAAAAGCGACGACUGGGCAAGGCUUGGGGUAGGAUGCGUAGCUGGCUGCGAGAGGAGAAGACCAGGAUCGGCCAAGUGGUCAAUAAGCACGCCAAGUUGCAAGCGGUUGGCGCACUCAGUCCCGAGGUGCGAAGCAAUUGUGCCACUCCCGCGGGAACAUCCAAGAGCAAGCAGCGUGGCUUCUACGAUCUAACGCGAGCUCACACCCAGGAGUCUGGUUCGAUCACCAGAGUGGAGGAGUUUGGUCUAUCGUCGGUGUCGGAGGAAGCGAACGUUUCCGAUGACAUGGAGAGACCAAUGUCAGCAUCACCCGAUUCAGGGAAGGCGUCAGUAAACGGUACGAGAAGAUUGCGCGGUAAUCUGCGAAGAAAGACGGCCAGUUCGGACGACAUUUUGGAAAACGACAGGACGAAGUUACAGUUGCCAGGAUCUUUGAGCAUGGAUAAACUAUGUUCGCACGUGACGGAGAACGACGAGAUGAAAACGAUACCAACGACGACGGCGACGACGAUGGCGGCAGCGUCGGCAAUGAUGACGAUGGCGGGGACCAGUGAUACCGAAACGUCGAGGGAUCACGGUGGGAAAAGUAGUCUGAUUAAGAGGAGAAUGCUCGGCUCAAUUAGAGGGUUAAUGGCCUCGACUCAUCUAUUGCAAACCUACGAGUCCGACGAGGGAGGACAAGGCGGUUUCGAGGAUGUGCGAAGAUACGUUAAACAAGGAGGCGACUUUUGCAAGGAAUUGGCAUCGAUUCUUCAUGAAAGAGCCGAACUGGAAGCUACGUAUGCGAAAGGACUGAGCAAACUCAGUAGCAAGCUGACAAAAGCCUGCGCCAAAGAUCAAGGUGGUAAUAGCAACGGAGGUGUGAACGAGGCGUGGAGGUGUGUCGGCGAGGAGAUGGAGGCUGCAGCGGAAGCACAUCGGCUAUGGGGCAUCGCGUUAAGCGAACAACUUGCCAAACCGCUCAGAGUGGGUGUAGCAGAGACGCAAGGCCGAUCGAGGAAGAGCAUCGAAAACUCGGUGGACAAGGCAUCCAAGUCGCUGCAAGAAUGGCGUGGGAUAGCGGCAAAGAGUAAAAAGCAGAGCUUUGCGUGCGCGCGCGAGAACGAGAGGUUGCAGGAUCUCGCGCGGUUGCAGACCAUCAGUCAAAGUCAGCAGAGCAAUAGGUCGUCGACGUCGAGUCAUCACGUUACGGAGAAGGAAGCGAGCAAACUGGAAACUAGACGAAGGAAAGCCGAGGACUCCUCGCGUCGAGCAGACACCGAAUUCUACACGGUCAGCGUGAGAGCCGAGAGAGCCAGGCUCGAGUACGAGAGCACGAUGAAAAAAGGAGCGAAGCAGAUGGAAUUGCUCGAGGAGGAGCGACUGAGCGCCCUAAAAGACCUCGCCAACGUGUACUUGACGCACUUGCAGGCGCUCGCGCCGCGAUUGCAGCAGAGCGCCGAUCGCUUACUAACGCCUGUGCGCAGCUGCAACGUGUCGCAGGAUCUAGAGAUCCUAAAAAAUCUCGUGCGCCGAAUGGAUAAUCACGAUGUGACGAACGCGGAACAGUUAUUGCCGGAUUUCUACGCCGAACACGUGACGCUAGCGAUGAACCGCGAACGGCGAAAGCAGGCAUUGGUGAGGGUGCUGCAUCUGAUAAGGCAAGAUCUCGAGCGGGAAAGACGAGGUAGAGAAGGCCUGGAAACAUUACACCGAGCCUUUGUCAAGACUCCGGCGUUUGCGGCGGACGAAAGCACGCAAAACGUAACGGAUAAACUGAAUCACAUGCGUUCGAUGUUGUUGUACUUGGAAGCGGCUAGGUACAAAGUCAGCGGUACGCUCGCUGAAGUGGAGGGUAGCAAACGAAUCAAACAUCCCUUAUCAGACCAUAUCUUAGUUUCGAGAGACAAGCAAGGUUUGCAGCAAAGUGUUCUCAAGAUUCCUUCUUGGGCAAAGAAUGAAUCUUUCGAGGUUCAGGACAGUGAUGACGAGCUCGAGUUGCAUUUGACCAAGGAUCAGGACGGCGAAACCCGUGAUUGGGCUGAUCGCACCGCCGGUGACGGCAAUUCAGAGAAUCCACCGGACGAAGAUGAUUUUAGCGACUUCGACGAGUUUAGCAGUCACUCGGAAGACAACAACAAUCAAAUUGAUGGUACGGAAGUAUCAUCGGCUAAGAGUGAACGCGCGGAGCAAUGCCGAGCGAUCUAUCAAUACUCCGCGAAUCUAAAUGAUGAGCUCAGUCUUAGUCCGGGAGAUCUGAUAACUGUUCAUCAAAAACAGCCAGAUGGCUGGUGGAUAGGCGAGUGCAGAGGCCGUACCGGUAUAUUCCCUGCCACUUAUGUCCAAGUCAUUCAUUAGCAUAAACGCGAAUGAUUUCACAUUAUAUUGAGAUGCAUAGGGAGAUAUAUACUAACAUUUGAAAGAAAAUGUGACGUGAUGAGACGUCGACCACGUGUGAUGAUAAUAGUAUCCUCUUACAGGAGUUUCCAUUUGGCUUCGUUAAAUCAGAUAAGAGUAUUAUAAUGUGCCAAUAACGUUACAUGCAACGAUUACUUUAUAUGCACAAAUCGAGGAUAUUUCGAUCACAAGUUCGCAUAAAAAUGACUUGAGAAUACCAAAUAGUAGUUACCACCACAUCCAAUACAUCUAAUGUCGAGGUCUGGCGGAAAUAUUUUAAUCAUGUUACUAUUUUUUUCGCGCUAUAUAUACAUUUAUCGUUCUCUGUUGCUAUUAUACAUAUAAUUAAUACUUGUUUAUACGUACCGUUAAAACGUGCUGUAAAAAAGAUCGUUUGAGUUACGACUCUGAAUAGUUUUAUUAAUUCUGACAAUGCAUUUUAACUCAUCGUGCGUAUUAUAUCUAUAAUUCUUAUUAAAAUAAGCAAUAUAAGUUUAAUCGCAUGAUCUAUCUUACUGAAAAGUUACUU